AUGUCACAACCAGUUCAACGGGCAGCUACUCAAUCGUUUAUUCAGAAGUACAUUAACAAAGAGACUCUUAAAUAUGUUUUUACUACUCAUUUUUGGGGUCCUGUGUCAAACUUUGGUAUCCCUAUUGCAGCCAUGUAUGAUUUAAAGAAAGAUCCGACUUUAAUUUCUGGUCCAAUGACUGGUUCAUUGGUUAUUUAUUCUGCUGUCUUUAUGAGAUAUGCUACAGCAGUAACACCUAAGAAUUAUUUGUUAUUUGGUUGUCAUUUCGUCAAUGAAUUUGCCCAAUUAGUUCAAGGCUAUAGAUUCAUCAAUUAUAAUUACUUCAAGACAGAAGAAGAGAAAAUAGCAAUUCAAGAAGAAUAUGCAAAGAAUAAGGUUGAAAAAACAGAUUGA